AGAAACCAUUACAGCGAUUUAUUGCGCACCGAAUCCUAUGCCGGUUCAUCGGAUAUGAAUUUACAAUGUCAACGAGUUUUGGAAUCAAAACAUGCCCCGCUAUGUCAGCAUUUGUUGCGGAAAGGUAAUACUCCGGCACCUUAUCGUGGAGCUUUGUGGUCGUAUGUUUUGGGUAGUCACGUAAAUAGUUUUGAUAUUGAACAUUGGAAUCGUUUAAAAGCCAAUGUCUUGGCCACCGAUCACAUUGUCGAUAAAUUAGUCUUCAAAGAUAUCCAAUUGACUGCCUCCAAUGAUGACCAGUAUUUUGUCUUCGAAGAUGUCCUCUAUCAAGUGUUGUUGUGUUUUUCACGGGAUACCGAAAUUGCGCAGAUGAUACAAUUCGAACAUUAUCCCAUUAAGGGUAAAAGUUAUGAGGCUCCGCCGUCGGGUGUGGUGCCAUUUCAUGGAAUUUGUAUGUUUGCUGCCCCCUUUUGUUAUCUCUUCGAUUCCCCCAUCAAUUUAUAUUUCACAUUCCGUGCCUUUUAUAUUCGUUAUUGUCAUCGGCUGACGACCAUUAAUACCCAUCCUCAGGGUAUUGUCAGCAUUUGUCUGCUCUUCGAAAAAUUACUGCAGACCCAUGAGCCGCAAUUAUGGUCACAUUUUCGUGAAUUACAAAUCCAACCGAUCCGCGUCGUUUUCAAGUGGUUGAUGCGUGCAUUUAGUGGCCACCUGCCACCCGAUCAAUUGCUGGUGUUGUGGGAUCUGAUCCUUGGUUUCGACAGCCUGGAGAUUCUUUCAAUAUUUGCCAUAAUUAUUUUAUCCUUUCGCAAGGAGAGUCUAAUGCAAGUGAAUUCGCUGGAUAGCAUAGAAGCUAUACUGGCAGAUUUAUCUUCAAUUCAGGUGCUGCCAUUGGUCCAAUUGGCCCUCAGUCGAGACUAG